AUGUCUUCUGCCUCUCCCACCACCGCGAUUCCCAGCGUGGUGGCGACGAUCAAGCAAGAGAACGUCCUGGAAAUGUUCUGCGGCGGGGCGACCGAGAAGGUAACCUCGGGCGGCUCGGCUCCCACCUCUGCACAGCCUUUUGGUCUCGCAGCGGCGGCGGCUCGUUUUGCUAGGAAGGAAGGAGCCGGGGAAGAAGAGGAGGAGGACGAGGAGGAGGAGGAAGCAGCCGGGAGGGUCGCGGGUCAAGUUCUACUCCACUCGGAACUUUUGGUGCGGAAUCUCGGCGCCGUUGCCUCCGCCGCCGCCGCUCUGCUGGCGUUCUCCCCGGACCACGUCGCUUGCGUCUGCGAGGCUUUGCAGCAAGGCGGGAACCUAGACCGCCUGGCCCGGUUCUUGUGGUCCCUGCCCCAGAGCGACCUGCUACGUGGCAACGAGAGCCUGCUCAAAGCCCGGGCGCUGGUGGCUUUCCACCAGGGACUCUACGCCGAGCUCUACGGGAUUUUGGAGAGCCACAGCUUCGACGCCGCCAACCACCCUCUCCUGCAGGAGCUCUGGUACAAGGCGCGCUACAGCGAGGCGGAGAGGGCCCGCGGCCGACCCCUGGGCGCCGUCGACAAGUACCGCCUGCGCAGGAAGUUCCCGCUGCCCCGCACCAUCUGGGACGGCGAGGAGACGGUCUACUGCUUUAAGGAGAAGUCGCGCAAUGCCCUCAAGGAGCUCUACAAGCAGAACCGCUACCCUUCCCCGGCCGAGAAGCGCAACUUGGCCAAGAUCACCGGCCUCUCGCUCACGCAGGUCAGCAACUGGUUCAAAAACCGGCGGCAACGGGAUCGCAACCCCGCGGAGCCGCAGUCCAAAAGUGAGUCGGAUGGUAAUCCCAGCACAGAAGAUGAAUCCAGCAAGGGGCAAGAGGACUUGUCUCCACGUUCCCUUGCAAGCACCUCUGAUGGCGGCACCAGCUUAAGCCUUCCUAGCCCAAUGGAGCAAGUAUAUAUGCAGCAACUUGGAAACUCCAAAAUAUCCUUAAGCUCCUCAGGAGUUUUACUGAAUGGAAACCUUAUGCCUCCCAACCCAUCUGUUUUUCUUAAUGGUACUUCUUUCAUUCAGGGCCCCAAUGGUCUCCUCCUCAAUGGCCUCAGUGUGGGAUCUUCUCAGGCGGUAUCAUCAAGCCCGCUCAAAACAUCGCCCAACGCUUUGAGCAAUGGAAUCUCCAUGGGUGACAUGUUAGUCCCAUCCUCAGAAGAUGUGAAAGACUUCAAGCUCCUCCAGACUUCUCUGUCCAAUUCCAUUGCACCCUCAACACCCACAACAACAUACAGUCCCAAUUCUGGGCCUGUCUCUUUCCCAGGCUUGACACCAAGCAUGGAAGUAAAGAGGGAAGAAAGUGAAGAAGCAAUAGCAUCGCAAGACAGUGGCUCAGUAGUCACGUUUACCGCUCCAAUCCAAAUCAACCAAUACGGCGUUGUCCAAAUCCCUAAUUCAGCAAACAGUGGACAGUUACUUAAUGGAGGAGGCCUCAGUUUUUCCCCAAUGCAGCUGCCCCCAGUAUCAGCAGCAACUUCCCGAGGUAGCCUUUCCAUUAACCAAGGCACAUCAAGCAAUGGCACAUUUACUACUGACUCUACAACAGCACAACAAGGGAAGGUGUUUUUCAGCUCCCUUGCUCCCAGCACUGUGGUGUACACCAUCCCAAACACCAGCCAGCCAGUUGAGCCGGUGAAACAGGAAGGACUGGAAACUAGCCUGGUGUUUUCUCAAGUCAUGCCCCUUGGUCAAAAUGCCCAGCUCCAUGCUAAUCUACCUUCAGACAACUUACCCAAUGGGGUCCUCCAGCCAGGAGGAGCCUCCUCCUUAGUUAACGUGACUAUAUCGCAUAACUUUUCCCUUGGACCACCUUCCCUUUUAAAUGCAGAAGAACUCAACCCAGCCAUUUCUGAGAGCCCACCAAUGCAACCCCCCACAACAAGCGGGCCGACUGUUGUUUCCAUUAGUAAUGCAAACUAUGCAACCCUUCAGAACUGCUCCCUCAUCAGCAGCCAUGACUUGGUGUCCAUUUCUCCAGUGCAGGCAGCGCUAACAGGGAUCGGUGGGGUAGCAAGCAAUGACAUUGGAUCCCACCCCUCUUUGCAAGGACACCCCCAUUUCACUCGAGAACAGCGGCUGAUCCUGCAGUCCAUUCCCACUCUAAAGGAAAACUUUCUAUCUGAUUCAGAAAGCAGAUCAGGAAACAGUUCGGUGAUGCUGGAUCCCAAAAUCAAAUAUGUUACUAGCAAUAUAGUUGAUGCCAUCUGUGAAGAACUGGGGACAGACAAGAAACAGCUGGCUAAACUCCAGACAGUACAGAUGGAAGAAGAUAUGCAAGACCUGUAAAAAAAAAACCUUUAAGAUUAAUAAUCUUGUAUUUGCAUUUCAGUAGAAAAAUCUCUUCCUUUGAAGACUAGAAGCACAGCAGUGGAUUUUUUCCCUCCCUUAGGCAUAUAGAAAAAUAAAAAAAUGCACAUUUGAAGAAGAAUCCAGUUUACUAAAAGGUCUUCACUAAAAAUACAAAGUUGCCAUGCAAUGUUUGCAUGAAUGCUCACUUUUGUUAAGCCUGAUCAAAAGAAAUUACACAUGGCUGGAAGGGAAAUGCCAGUCAAAUAUGAGACGGCUUGGCUUACCCAAGUAGCUUCUUUGGACAGGGAGAGAAUCAAGGUAAUUUCAGAAUGUUUAUUAACCAAUAGCUAUUGGUUAGGAAAAAGAUUAUCAUUCUAAAAAGACUGGAACUAAAAGAGAAAAGACAUACUGGGGUUUUUUUUUGUCUAGAUUCAAUUUUACUGAGAGAUGGUGGGCAUUGAGAAAUUGGCAUUUCAGUUUUCAACUUUAAAGGAGUACUUUAGGUAAUACCUCACAAGCUACUGUUACUUUCUUUUGCGAGCACAAUUGCAAAUACACUCUUUUGUGUGUGUGCGUAUGUAUGUGUGUGUGUGUUUGUUGUUAAAAGUUUUCCACCAGGAUAUCACCCUCUGCACUCUCAAUCUUUAUAGUUUUGGAAAUGGUGCAAGUUUUCUUUGUCUUGCUUGAAUCCAUAGGAGAGGGGAAGAAACCAUUU